GUGUACUUCCCUUGUAUGGGGUUGUACAGUAAGCUCAGCCUCUCGGACCAGGCUCAAGUAGUGACAGAGGUCAAACUCAACGUCAAGAAAAUCCUACAUACCUUCUCGGAUAAGGCGACCUUCGAUUUUCACUAUGGCCAGGACAAUAUGACGAUUGGUGCCAAAGUAAGUUUUACCCUUCAAGGUACCAUAAAGGACCCACCAAUAUCAAACUCGCUUCAGUUCUUGACGGAUGCGUUGGAGAGUUUGACUGUAGAUGUAGGAAUACAGAAGUACGUCGGAUACAGCAAACCGAGAAGGAAACGACAUUUCACCAAUCUACAGGUGGUCCUGACAGUGUCCAGUCUGGACUUUGAUAGACUCUUCCUGAACAGCCCACUGACAGCAAGGGAAGACAUCGAAUAUGCUGUCCGAGCAUUGGUGGACCGAUAUUUCAUUCCUGCAAUUACACAGACUCUCACGGACAUAAACCCCCACCAGAUAAUGUUUCCUUCAUAG